CUGUUUCCUUCCGCCUCGUCAUCUCUGCCAACCUAACAUUCUCGGCAUCAACAUAUUACAGAAGAUGAUUUCUAGCUCGGUAAGAUCAGCCGGACAUGUCCACAAGCCAAUGAUACGAUUCCUGGGGAAACGGGUCUAUGAUUCCCCGUCGCCCGCCGCCACUUCUCACCCUUUGGCGCCUGAGGAAGUCAAGUCCAAGUUCUCCGACUUCCUGAAGCUCCAGAAAAAUCCUCAGCCAGUACACUCAUCGCCAUCGUCAUCGUCAUCGACUCAAGCGUCACAGUCCAAGGAACGGGUGUUGUGGUAUGAUGAUCCAAGCGAACUGCCCUGGAAUUAUAAAACUCCCAGCUCGAGUGAAAUUGAGUUGGUCAACGGCGGAGGAGUAAUCAGAUGAGAUUAUGAAAGACGAAUACGUUUCUUGUCCUAAUCCUUGCCAUGUAAUCCAGCAUCUCAACAUCUGUACUUGUUUCUUCAGCUCUAAUAAAUUUGAGAUGUCAAUCGGAAUAUUAUCACUUCAUCAGAUCAAA